AUGAGCCACGGACUCGAUAACCUCACCGGCCUCGCCACCGAGGGUAUCGGUCUGCGCUUUCUAAAUGAAGAGUGGAACGACAGCAUCUCAAACGACCACCCGUUCACCAUCCAAUGGAACGAGUCGCUGGAUGGGGCUCAGGCACCAGAGCUUGGGCUGUUCAAGAUUACAUAUCCCAAAGAUGGCGUUAUCGCAUACGAGCUGGUAUCAAAUCUGACAGGCCGCAUGAACAAUGAAAAUGCAACAUGCUUGUGGACACCAAGCCACUUGGACGACGAAUUAUAUACCCUAUGGCUCUCAUCCUCUCGAGAUGCUCGCGCAAAUUGGACGACGUCUCCUCCUUGGAGACUAAAAGAAACUCCCCGACAUUCACCUCAUUGGGCCGCCCCCAUUGUUAUCCCCAUUAUUGUGUUGCUCGCAGUGUAUACCUUGGGACUCACCACCUGUAUCGUAUAUCGACGCCGCAGAAAAGCGAGACGCGAGAGAGAGAAAAGCAAGGGAAAGGAUCUCGAAAAGGAGAAAUCAAGCCAGAUGCAUCUCCUUGGGGAUGCAGAGAGACAUCCCUCAGUCGAUACUGUCCUCACUAUACAAAUCAGCCUCUGGAUCCCUUCUACUAUCAUCUCCGAGCAGGAAGAAUUCCGACGCAACACUGGUCUCAACUACAACGAGAGCAUCCGAUCAACUCCUCAUAUCUCCUAUCAGUUUAUCAGAGCAAAGCCUUCAAAGCCCUACAAGUAUAGGUUCUGA